GUGAACUGCGCAUGCGCCCUGUAGUUCCAAUCAGGGGACAGUGACUGAGGCAAGGGACUCCAGUUUCCUGGGGAAGACAUUACAUGUUGUACGCCAACAGGAUACGCAGCAAGGGGGUUCACCCGCUGUACAGCUGCAUAUCGUAACAUCUCCUCCUGUGUAAUGUGAUUUAUAUUUGCGAGAGAGCAGUGCCGUGGAGUAUGUAGUGCAGACGCUGCUGGCGUGGUGCCCUGACUCGUACACAGCGCCGUGCCCAUCAUCACCGGGCACAUGGAGUCCCAGCUGCAGAGCAUCUUUGAGGAGGUCGUGAAGACCGAGGUCAUCGAAGAAGCAUUUGCUGGUAUGUUUAUGGAUACACCUGAAGAUGAAAAGACAAAGCUUAUAAGCUGCCUUGGAGCAUUUAGACAAUACUGGAGUGACCUUCCCCAGGAUACUCAUGAGCAAUGUGUCCAGUGGAUUGUAAAAUUUAUACAUGGACAGCACAGUCCUAAAAGAAUCUCUUUCCUGUAUGACUGCCUAGCAAUGGCUGUAGAAACCUCUGUUCUUCCUCCAAGAAUGGUAUGUGAUUUCUUAUUGAACUCCGAAGCUUUGGAAUGGGAAAGAACACAACUCUGGGUCUUAACAUUUAAGCUGGUCCUGAAAAUCAUUGGUGGAGUUGAUUAUAAGGGAGUGAGAGACCUCUCAAAAGUGAUAGUAGAGAAAAUUCAUACUAUUCCGAGCACUGUGAGCUCUGCUGUUGUACAGCAGCUUCUAGCAGCAAGAGAGGUUGUAGCAUACAUCUUGGACAGGAAUGCAUGCCUUCUUCCAGCUUACUUGGCAGUAACUGAAAUCCGCAAACUUUAUCCUGAAGGAAAACUUCCGCAUUGGUUGUUGGGCAACCUGGUGUCGGACUUCGUGGACAGUUUCAGACCCACAGCAAGAAUUAAUUCAAUCUGUGGCCGCUGCAGUCUUCUUCCUGUGGUGAACAAUUCUGGAGCCAUCUGUAACUCUUGGAAACUGGACCCUUUAACCUUGCGCUUUCCACUGAUAGGACUUUUGCCCUAUGACAAGGAUUUAUUUGAACCACAGACUGCUCUUCUGAGAUAUGUCCUGGAGCAGCCUUACUCCCGGGAUAUGGUGUGCAACAUGUUAGGUCUAAACAAGCAGACCUUGAACAUUGCUCAGUACAAGCAGAGAUGUCCUGUGCUGGAGGACCAGCUGGUUGAUCUUGUGGUCUACGCCAUGGAGCGCUCUGAGUCGGAGGAGAAGUUUGAUGAUGGUGGAACGAGCCAGUUGCUAUGGCAGCAUCUCUCGAGCCAGCUCAUUUUUUUUGUGCUUUUUCAGUUUGCCAGUUUCCCACAUAUGGUCUUGUCUCUUCACCAAAAGCUUGCAGGUCGGGGUCUUAUUAAGGGCAGAGACCAUCUCAUGUGGGUUCUGCUGCAGUUCAUCUCCGGAAGCAUACAGAAGAAUGCCUUGGCUGACUUUCUACCAGUCAUGAAGUUGUUUGACCUGCUGUAUCCUGAAAAGGAAUGUAUUCCUGUGCCAGAUAUUACCAAACCUCAGUCUACUCACUCCUUUGCAAUGACUUGUAUCUGGAUACACCUGAACAGGAAAGCUCAGAAUGACAACUCCAAGCUGCAGAUUCCUAUUCCUCACUCACUAAAGUUACAUCACGAGUUUUUGCAGCAGAGUUUAAGGAAUAAGAGCUUACAAAUGAAUGACUACAAAAUAGCCUUGCUGUGCAAUGCUUAUUCCACCAACUCUGAGUGUUUUACAUUACCCAUGGGGGUGCUUGUGGAAUCUAUUUAUGGAAAUGGAAGUGGGAAGAUACCUCUACCAGGAACUAAUUGCUUGGCAUCUGGAUCUACUACUCCUCUUCCAAUGAACUUGUUGGAUUCACUUACAGUUCAUGCAAAGAUGAGCCUUAUUCACAGCAUUGCAACCAGAGUUAUUAAACUAGCACUUGCAAAAUCUAGCCCAGCUUUGGCUCCUGCACUUGUGGAAACUUACAGUCGUUUGUUGGUUUAUAUGGAAAUCGAAUCACUUGGCAUCAAAGGAUUUAUCAGUCAACUGUUGCCUACUGUAUUCAAGUCUCAUGCAUGGGGAAUCCUUCACACAUUGCUGGAAAUGUUCAGCUAUCGAAUGCACCAUAUCCAGCCUCAUUAUCGAGUGCAGCUCUUGAGUCAUCUCCAUUCGCUAGCUGGAGUCCCACAAACAAAUCAGAAUCAGCUUCACCUCUGUGUUGAGAGUACAGCUCUGAGAUUGAUCACCGCUCUUGGCAGUUCUGAGGUGCAGCCACAGUUUACUCGCUUCCUCAAUGAUCCCAAAACCGUUUUAUCAGCAGAGUCAGAAGAACUCAACAGGGCUCUGAUUCUGACACUGGCAAGAGCUACUCAUGUUACUGAUUUUUUCACAGGCUCUGAAUCAAUUCAAGGUACUUGGUGCAAAGACAUUCUUCAAACCAUUAUUAGCUUUACGCCACAUAACUGGGCUUUGCACACACUCAGCUGUUUCCCAGCUCCAUUGCAGGCUUUCUUCAAGCAGAACAAUGUUCCCCAGGAAAGUCGCUUCAACCUGAAGAAGAAUGUGGAAGAGGAAUAUAGGAAGUGGAAGUCUAUGACCAAUGAAAAUGACAUUAUUACACACUUCUCCCUGCAGGGCUCUCCACCUCUAUUCCUAUGUCUGCUUUGGAAGAUGCUUCUAGAGACUGAUCAAAUUAACCAAAUUGGAUACCGCGUUCUGGAGAGAAUUGGUGCCAGGGCUCUUGUCGCACACGUCCGAACAUUCGCAGACUUUCUUGUGUAUGAAUUCUCCACCUCAGCAGGAGGUCAACAGCUCAAUAAAUGUAUUGAGAUGCUUAACGACAUGGUGUGGAAAUACAACAUUGUGACUUUGGACAGAUUAAUACUGUGCUUGGCCAUGCGCAGCCAUGAAGGAAAUGAAGCACAGGUGUGCUACUUCAUAAUUCAGUUACUGCUUCUGAAACCAAAUGACUUCAGGAACAGAGUCAGCGACUUUGUGAAGGAGAAUUCCCCGGAGCACUGGUUGCAGAAUGAUUGGCAUACUAAGCACAUGAAUUACCAUAAGAAAUAUCCAGAAAAGCUUUAUUUUGAAGGUCUUGCAGAACAAGUUAACCCUCCUGUGCUGUUCCAGCAUCAGUACCUUCCGAUCUACUUUGGAAAUGUGUGCCUUCGCUUUUUGCCAGUAUUUGACAUAGUCAUCCACCGAUUUCUAGAGUUGCUUCCUGUUUCAAAGUCACUUGAAACUUUGCUUGAUCAUCUUGGAGGCUUGUACAAGUUUCAUGAUCGACCAGUAACCUACUUGUACAACACUCUUCACUACUAUGAGAUGCACCUUCGUGAUCGCACUAAUCUAAAACGCAAACUAGUCCACUCCAUCAUUGGAUCCCUGAAAGAUAACAGACCUCAAGGGUGGUGCCUAAGUGAAACAUACCUUAAGUGUGGUAUGAAUGCCAGGGAGGAUAAUCCUUGGAUCCCUGAUGACACUUACUAUUGCAAGCUGAUUGGCCGGCUGGUUGACACGAUGGCUGGAAAAUCCCCUGGACCGUUUCCAAACUGCGACUGGAGGUUCAAUGAGUUUCCGAAUCCGGCUGCCCAUGCACUUCAUGUAACUUGUGUUGAGCUCAUGGCUUUGGCUGUUCCAGGGAAGGAUGUUGGCAAUGCGCUUCUAAAUGUGGUAUUAAAGAGCCAGCCACUUGUGCCAAGAGAAAAUAUCACUGCUUGGAUGAAUGCAAUUGGACUGAUCAUUACAGCUCUCCCAGAACCUUAUUGGAUAGUACUCCAUGAUCGCAUUGUUAGUGUGCUGAACAGUCCAAGUCUUACAUCAGAGACAGAAUGGGUUGGCUACCCUUUCCAGCUGUUUGACUUUGCAGCGUGUCACAAGGCGUACUCAGAGAUGAACUGCAGUUACACACUGGCUCUGGCACAUGCUGUGUGGCACCAUUCAAGCAUUGGGCAACUCUCUCUCAUCCCAAAGUUCCUCCCUGAAGUUCUCAUUCCCAUAGUAAAAACAGAGUAUCAGUUACUCUAUGUUUACCAUUUGGUAGGACCAUUCCUGCAACGCUUUCAGCAAGAACGGACAAGAUGCAUGAUAGAGAUAGGUGUGGCAUUCUACGAGAUGUUACUGAAUGUAGAUCAGUGCAGCACCCACCUGAAUUUUAUGGAUCCGAUCUGUGACUUCCUUUACAAUAUGAAAUAUAUGUUUACAGGAGACAGCAUAAAAGACCAAGCUGAAAAGAUUAUCUUCAACCUACGACCAGCAUUAAAACUUCGCUUGCGUUUCAUAACGCACAUUAGCAAACAGGAGACUGCCCCUGCACCUCCACCACCGAUGAAUACUGGCUCUCCAGCCCCACAGACCAGCCAGGUGCAUGUUAAUGUUCCUCUUCCUGCCGCACAGUGACAGAUGCCAACAGCAGGUCGCAUCUUUCCUUUUGACUAAGGUCAUUGCUUAGAAGAACUUUGUCAGCAUUUGAAAACAUUUAUUCUUUUUGCAUUUAAAGGCUGAUUAAAUAAGUCAAUAGUGGU